UCUUGGAUUUAUUGUGGCCCCUCAUCUCCUAUUUGGGUUUUGUUCUGUGGCCCCGUAUCUGGCAUAAGUUAUUUAAUAAUUCUUAGUAUUUGACCAAUCAAAUUAGCCCAUUGUUUUGACCUUCGACCAGCAAUAGGGAUAUCCCCCUAGGCCCCUAUUGCUAACGCCACCUAGCGGGGGUAUCCCUCAGCCAAUCAAAAUUUGCUAAUUUAUAAUUUAAAUAAUAACAAGUUCAAUUAUCCAAUCAUUUCUCUUAUUAUAAAACAACAACUUUUAUCAGCCAAUCAAAUUUAUCAGGGCCCCCUUUUACCUUCUUGUAUCCUUGUUGAGCGUCACUUUCAAAAAUUUACGCUAAAGGCAAAGCCACGGCAAUUUAAUCCACUGCUUCCAAGGAUUUUAAUUAAGUUUGCCAUUGUUAUUGUGAUUUGUGACGAUUAUAAUUUUUUUUUGAUCUCGGACAUUAUGGAUUCGCUAUUCCUACGAGAGUUCCUAAGUAUUCCCGCAUGGUAUGUCUUGUAUGACGAAGAAGAAGUUCGCCUUGUGUCCGUGAUCGAAGAAGCAGAAUUUAACCGCCAAAACGCUUUCUGGAUCAUUUCCUUAGACUGUUCGGCUAUGUGCUGCGGAUGUUUGUUUUGCUUCCCGGAGGAAUUUACUUCAAUCCCCGUGUGCUCUACUCUGUCCUUGCCGCGUUUCGACUAGACUGCGUUGACCCAGUCGUGCUCGAUAUUCAAAAUAUUCUUAGUGUGUAACAAAAACAAAAUGGCGGACUCAGAUAGCGAGGUAGAAAUCACACGCGGUGAAGCUGCGGUUAAAAAAUGGGCAACUAUGAAAAAACUUUCCCCCAAAACAGCAGACAGACUGAUAGAAUUGGGGUAUGACAGCAUGGAGGCGUUAUCCCUCCUUUCCGAAGACGACCUCGGCGAGGCCAACAUUCCGAUCGGCCAAACAAGGCUGCUUCUUUACAGUCUGAAACAGACCUUUCCGCGAGGCCAAGCGGCGUCAGGGAAUAACGCUAACCACUGUAACCAGGACCCGCAAACGAACGUGGACCCUGAGCCAAACAUUCAAAAUAUUGGGGACGACGACGUAUUCAUAAGGAACGUUCUGGGCCAAUUGAACGGGGCACAAACCCAACAGCAACCCUCCCAGACAGGACCAAGUGGCAAUAUGAACGGCACCAAUCCUCCCUGCACAGCUGUAUUAGACACCAGGGUGAAUUUGCUCCGCAGUAGUGUUCUGGCUGAUUCCACAAAGAAAACUUACUCUUCGUAUCUCCAGCCUUACCUGCACUUCUGUAAUUCAAAGGGAAUUCCACUUGUGCCUAUCACCCCUGUAAAUUUAGCUCGUUUUAUUGCCUUAUUAUCUUAUAAGCUUUCUUUCAACUCUAUUAGGAACUACUUGUCAGUAGUUCGCCUCCUGCAUUUGGAGGCUGGGUUUGCAAACCCAUUAGAUUCAUAUUAUAUCAGUAGCUUACUCAAGGGCACAAAGCGUGUCCUGGGAGCUCAGACAGUUAGGAAGUUGCCCAUUACCCCUAACAUCCUCUACAGGAUAUUUAACAUCUUAAAUUUUAGCAACCCCAAGCAUUUGUGUUUUUGGGCAGCUUGUUUGGUUGGCUUCUUCUCCUUUUUCAGGAAGUCUAACCUCUUAGCACCAUCCUGGGAACAAUUUGACCCCAGUAAGCAUAUGUCUAGGAAUAAUGUACGUUUUUCAAAAACAGGGGCAGUUAUAGUAGUUACAUGGUCUAAAACCAUUCAAUAUAUGCAAAGGUCUCUCUUAGUUCCUUUGCCGCAUAUUCCUAAGUCCCCAUUCUGCCCUAGUUGCAUACUCCGUUUGGUUUUCAUGCUAAACCCCACCAAUCUCCCUAGUUGUCCAGCCUUUAUGUACACACUAGAUUCAAAAAAUCACAUUUUGAGCUACGCAACAUUCCUACAAAUGCUUAAAUCAUGUUUGUCUCAAAUUGGUUUAGACCCAUCCAAAUAUUCGGGACACAGCUUUCGAAGGGGGGGAGCCUCCUUUGCCCUUGAAUGUGGCCUCCCACCAGACCUUAUAAAAUCUCAGGGCGAUUGGAAGUCAGAUGCUUAUCAGUCGUAUCUAGAUCCUUCCCUCUCUUUCCGUGUGCAAGUAGCGGAGCGAUUAGGGUCAGAAAUGUUACGUCGUUUCCCCACCCCCACAUAAUCUUGCCAUGGGUCCAUACCUGUCUCCAUUUAAUUUAUAUUGUUUUGUUAUAUGUAUUAUUUGUAUCAUGUGCUGUUCCAUGUUUAUGUGUGUACCAAAAACAUUUUAAUGUGAGGGUUGCUGAGGAGAUUCAGACACUACCGCUAUACCAUUACUUCCGUCCAGACAGAACAUCCUAAUGCUACCGAGUCUGUUCCGACUUGUCCCACUAGCCAGCCAAGCUAAAGACUUCAACUACCCUGGCAAUGGAGGAACAAUAUGUGUUGUUGCUAACAUUGGUGUCGAUAUGUGCUCCGUGAACCAACCAGAACAGGGAUUUACCCUGACAGUGACUAAACAUUCGACCCAUUCAGCGUGCGUCUAUUCCCAUGAUGCUGGUGUUUUGUAUGCAGUUAGCCGUGUGUUCUUAUUCCGCCUCCCUAGCUUUCCUUUAUGUGGUACCACACCGUAAGGCAUAAUCAUUCGUCUCCGUGCCAUCAGUUUGGGACUAUCAGUCCCUGGAGUUACAGUUUUCAGUGUGCAUGUAUUGUUAAUAAUGUGUUGUGUACAUAUGUUUCUACCCCUACUACCAGUUUGGGCAUUGGAGAUUUACCAUGAUUGUAAUGCUUGUCUUCAUUAUCAUAUCUAAUAAAUCAUGGUAUUUGCCCAAACUGGUCUUUUAUUGUUUUACUGCUAUAGUAUCCAGAUAGAUAAGAAAUUAAUGUGUGAUUAAACUUUGUUUAAUAUUUAUUAAUUUCUGUGAAUGAUAGGACCAGCGCCAUCUUGGAUUUAUUGUGGCCCCUCAUCUCCUAUUUGGGUUUUGUUCUGUGGCCCCGUAUCUGGCAUAAGUUAUUUAAUAAUUCUUAGUAUUUGACCAAUCAAAUUAGCCCAUUGUUUUGACCUUCGACCAGCAAUAGGGAUAUCCCCCUAGGCCCCUAUUGCUAACGCCACCUAGCGGGGGUAUCCCUCAGCCAAUCAAAAUUUGCUAAUUUAUAAUUUUAAAUAAUAACAAGUUCAAUUAUCCAAUCAUUUCUCUUAUUAUAAAACAACAACUUUUAUCAGCCAAUCAAAUUUAUCAGGGCCCCCUUUUACCUUCUUGUAUCCUUGUUGAGCGUCACUUUCAAAAAUUUACGCUAAAGGCAAAGCCACGGCAAUUUAAUCCACUGCUUCCAAGGAUUUUAAUUAAGUUUGCCAUUGUUAUUGUGAUUUGUGACGAUUAUAAUUUUUUUUUUUUUUUUUUUUUGUGUACGGUACUUUUGUUUGUCUAAUGUCAUUGUAGUUAGAAAUGAGAUUUACCAUGAUUGUAAUGCUUGUCUUCAUUAUCAUAUCUAAUAAAUCAUGGUAUUUGCCCA